UGUGUUUUUCUUUUUCUUUUUGUCCAUACUUUCUUUACCAAAUACUGUUCCAGUGAACUCUACAGUCGUCACGGUGUCUCAUCUGACUAAAUCCGUCGGUUGUCACGGCAUUAGUGCUGAAUCUCAACAAAAAGAUGAUGUAGGAACUUCUGCAGACUUCAUUAAUUAAACAUAGACAAUCUCUAAUCAAAUUUCAAUCGAACCGAUGUCGUCGCAUUUUCAACCGCCGUCUGUUCUUCCUCCGUCAUUGCACCGCCGGCCACAGCUAUCUUGUUCCCGAAACAAACGAAGUAUUACUUUUUCUUCAUCUAAUAACCUUGACCAACCUCAUCGCAAUUCAGUGGCUAUACUAUCUCCAUCAUCGCCUGUGAUAUUUUCUCCAAAUCAGGGGCACCUAAAUCGCCGCCGAUGUGUAACCGUCAGAUCAAAUUUAAAUUUCCCGCUAAUCUCACCGUCAGAUCAUUGGGGCAACUGGACUGCUCUUUUUUCCAUCGGCGCUAUUGGCAGCUGGUCAGAGAAGACAACAAUUGGGAACAUGUUAAGUGGAGCAUUAGUGAGCACUUUGAUUGGACUGGCUGCAAGUAAUAUAGGCCUAGUUUCUUGUGAAGCAAAAGCAUAUUCUGCGGUUUUAGAGUAUUUGUUACCAUUAGCUGUUCCGUUAUUGUUGUUUAGAGCUGAUUUGUUUCGAGUUUUUAAGUCUACUGGCAAGUUGCUUCUGGCUUUCUUGAUUGGAUCAGUUGCAACAACAAUUGGAACGGUUGUGGCUUUUUGGAUGGUCCCAAUGAGACCACUUGCCCAAGAAGGCUGGAAAAUUGCGGCUGCUCUAAUGGGUAGACAUAUUGGUGGAGCUGUAAAUUAUGUUGCAAUUGCGGAAGCUUUAGAAAUUUCUCCUUCUGUUUUAGCUGCUGGACUAGCUGCAGAUAACGUUAUUUGCGCAGUAUAUUUUGCUACAUUGUUUGCACUAGCUGCUAAAAUCCCUCCCGAGAGUUCAACAUUAACAACUGAUGUUGAAGAGAAAGUAAAAUCAGAGUCUGGGGGCAAACUUCCCCUACUGCAGUCUGCCACUGCACUUGCUAUAUCAUUUGCCAUCUGCAAACUUGGCAGUUUUGUAACAAAAUAUUUUGCAAUUCCAGGAGGAAUUCUUCCAGCCGUUACAGCUAUUGUUGUUUUUUUAGCAACAGUUUUUCCAAAGCAGUUUACUCACCUUGCACCCGCUGGCGAGGUGAUGGCAAUGAUACUAAUGCAGGUUUUUUUCACGGUGGUUGGUGCAAGUGGGAAUGUAUGGAGUGUCAUAAACACUGCACCUAGUAUAUUUUUGUUUGCUCUCGUCCAGCUGGCAGUUCAUCUAGCUGUUAUUCUAGGUCUUGGAAAGCUGUUUCGUUUCGACCUGAAGCUAUUGCUGUUGGCAUCAAAUGCAAAUGUAGGAGGUCCUACAACGGCUUGUGGAAUGGCUACGGCCAAAGGAUGGAGCUCGUUGGUUGUUCCUUCCAUUCUCGCUGGUAUUUUUGGCAUUGCGAUUGCUACUUUUCUGGGUGCUGCCUUUGGAGUUAAAGUUCUUCAAUAUAUGUAAACUUUUAUUCUAAGAAAUAUAGAAAUUGAGGUUAUGAAUGUAGUUUUAACCUACUUUUAUGACUUGUAAUUUUGUGUAUCAUCUAUUUCCGGUGCAAUCAACUAUAUUUGUAACUUACAUGUCUAUGAUACAUUGUAAUAUAAUAUAUUCUUUUCACUGAAA